CCCAAUACACGUGGGCUACACCAGCUACAUCAAUAAACCUUUCAGUCACUAAUGGCAUGAAGCGGUAUUAUUGGCGCUCCAAAGAAAUACCAGGAACUAAAAUGACUGCGCCGGCUAUAGUGGAUUGGAUUGUUGAACAGGUAUAGUUUAUCAGGCUUGACCUAUGAAUUCACCUAACUCUGUGUAUUAUAGACGGGAAUCCUAGUCAAUCGUCGAUAUGAGAGAUUAAAUGCCCUGAUUACCGAUACAUGUUCAACAAUGAGAUCCACCUAGUUUAAGCUACACCAACGGCUUCAAUUUUCUCACCUUUUAACGAUAGGAUGCGACUCGCAUGGCUUGCAGCUAUUAGUCAAAGACCUUCUUGCUCUGCCGUCAAUCAGUACUGUCACGGUGCCAGCCCGAACCGCUUGUUCUGCCCGACCUCACCGCUUUGUCAUGUGAUUCCGAUUGUUUGUUGGAACAUACGGUCGUCCUGCCCGCCGACCUGUAUACACCGCAUGCGGCGGCCCUAUGGUUCUGUAAGGUCUCUUGGUAUGAUGUGUGUAUUCGUGAGAAGGAAGAUCGGUAAGACCUAGUAAAUAC